UUACUGAAGAAGGACAGAGAUCCCAAACCCAUCACUCUCAGCACAAAGAUUUUUUCCCGAAUGAUUCAAGUCGUUCCCUAACGUUAGUGAAAUCACUCAUUCGCUCCAUUUGCACCCAGAGAGCCGGUGUAGCCCGCUAGCUAUAGCUUUAGAGCUGUGGAGCUUUAGAGCUUUUAGCUAUAGGCUACCUGCUGCCGCUUUGUGUUUGUUGCUCGCAGUCCCAUCUCAAACAAAUCUCUGAUGUUGUAGAGCGAGACGCAAGCUCUCCUGAAACCCUGGGGUUGUUGGUGUGGCCGAAUUUUCCCUGGAUUUGAUUGGUAAAUUCAGAAGACUGAAGCCCAGGCUCACAGUCUACCUUUCACGGAGGCCCAGCCGUGAGAGGACAGAGGAAGGCACGUGGCGAAUCAUGACCGCCGACAAAGAAAAGGACAAGGAGCGGGAGCGCGAUCGAGAGCGCGACCGGAGGGAGAAGGCGAGCGAAAGCUCGAGGCCACGCCGCAGCUGCACGCUGGAGGGUGGCGCCAAGAACUACGCCGAGAGCGAGCACAGCGAGGACGAGGAGAACGAGGCGGCCGGCGGCACCGCGGCUCCCGAGGAAGCCACGAAGAAAAGCAAGAAGAAGCUCCCGAAGAAGAAGUCGCGCUACGAGCGCACAGAGACCGGCGAGAUCACCUCGUUCGUCACGGAAGACGACGUCGUCUACAGGCCCGGUGAUUGUGUGUACAUAGAGAGCCGGCGGCCCAACACGCCCUACUUCAUCUGUAGCAUUCAGGACUUUAAGCUGAGUAAACGGGACCAUCUGUUAAUGAGCGUGAAAUGGUACUACCGCCAGUCCGAGGUACCCGACUCUGUCUACCAGCACCUAGUACAGGACCGCAACAAUGAGAACGACUCGGGUCGGGAACUGGUCAUCACUGACCCGGUGGUGAAAAGCAGAGAGCUCUUCAUCUCCGACUACGUGGACACGUACCACACGGCGGCCCUUAGGGGGAAAUGUAACAUCGCCCACUUUUCUGACAUUUUUGCUGCAAGGGAGUUCAAACCACGAAUCGACUCUUUCUUCUACAUUUUAGGAUAUAACCCAGAGACUAGGCGAUUAAACAGCACACAAGGGGAGAUUCGAGUAGGCCCCAGUCACCAGGCCAAGCUCCCAGAGCUGCAGCCUUUCCCCUCUCCCGGAGGCCAAGUGACUGAAAAUGAGGAGCUGGUCUGGAUGCCGGGGGUCAACGACUGUGACCUGCUCAUGUACCUGCGCGCAGCGAGGAGCAUGGCGGCAUUUGCAGGGAUGUGUGAUGGAGGCUCGACGGAGGACGGGUGCCUGGCUGCCUCACGCGAUGACACUACACUCAAUGCAUUAAACACUCUUCACGAGAGCAGCUACGAUGCCGGGAAAGCACUGCAGCGUCUGGUGAAGAAGCCUGUCCCGAAGCUGAUUGAGAAGUGCUGGUCCGAAGACGAAGUGAAACGGUUUAUAAAAGGACUGAGACAGUAUGGCAAAAACUUCUUCAGGAUUCGGAAAGAGCUGUUACCAAACAAGGAAACGGGAGAGUUGAUAACUUUUUACUAUUACUGGAAGAAAACCCCCGAGGCUGCUAGCUCCCGAGCCCACCGCAGACACCGAAGGCAGCCUGUCUUCCGUCGGAUCAAGACCCGCACAGCGACCACGCCUGUCAACACUCCCUCCCGACCGCCUUCCAGCGAGUUCUUGGACCUGAGCUCAGCCAGUGAAGAUGACUUUGACAGCGAAGACAGUGAACAGGAACUGAAAGGCUACGCCUGUCGCCACUGUUUCACAACCACCUCCAAGGACUGGCACCACGGGGGCCGUGAGAAUAUCCUGCUGUGCACCGACUGCCGCAUUCAUUUCAAGAAGUACGGUGAGCUGCCCCCAAUCGAGAAGCCUGUGGACCCGCCACCGUUUAUGUUCAAACCCGUCAAAGAGGAAGAGGAUGGGCUCGGCGGGAAGCAUAGCAUGAGGACUCGACGGAACCGUGGGCCGAUGUCGACGCUACGAAGUGGCCGAAAGAAGCAGACAGCCAGCCCUGAUGGCAGAGCCUCACCAAACAAUGAGGACCUACGCUCAAGUGGCCGUACGUCACCCAGCGCAGCCAGCACGUCCAGUACUGACAGCAAGAUGGACUCUGUGAAAAAACCCAGCAAGAAGAUAAAGGAGGAGGCACCAUCGCCUUUGAAGAGUGCUAAACGCCAGAGAGAAAAGGGAUCCUCAGACACAGAGGAGCCUGAGAGGACCAGUGCUAAGAAGUCAAAAACUCAGGAGUUGAAUCGACCUGACUCACCCUCGGAAUGUGAAGGAGAGGGCGAGGUAGAAAGUUCAGAUGGCCGCAGUGUAAACGACGAUGGCAGCGAUCCUAAGGACAUUGACCAGGACAACCGUAGCUCGUCUCCCAGCAUUCCAAGCCCGCGUGACAACGAGAGUGACUCUGAUUCUUCAGCGCAACAGCAGGUCCUCCAGGGCCAGCAUCCUCCUGUAAUACAAUGUCAGGCGGGCACUUUGCCCCCUGCAGCGCCUUCCUCCACUGCCACAGCACCUCCACCCCCAACAUCAAGUGCAGCGCCACUUCCUUCACCGUCCGUGCCCACCCCUCCCAUUCCUCCACAGCAGAUUGCUUCAGCAGGCCCACUUUCUCACAUUCAGUCUGGAGCUGCACUUCAUCCUCCAAGGUUGCCUUCUCCUCAUUCGCCCUUACAGGCCAUCCCUCAACCUCCUGUGCCCUCCCAGAGUGGCCCACAAGCUCUACAGCCUCAGCUGCAUGGCCCCAUGCCUCCAAUGGGUCAUCCUCUUCAGGCAGGGCCACACAUGCCUCAUCCUCAUGCUUCCUUACCUCCACAGAAUUUUCCUCUCGCACAGUCUCAGGUCCCCCCUUCCCCCCUGUCAGCUCAAGCACAGGCCGCCUCACUAUCCCAGCAACAGCAGCAGCAGCCACCACCUCACACUCCUCCAUCGCAGUCUUCAUCUUCCCAAAGUGGCACUCAGCCUCCACGAGAGCAGCCCUUGCCUCCCGCACCCAUGUCCAUGCCUCAUAUAAAGCCUCCGCCCACUACGCCCAUCCCCCAAAUGCAAAACCCUCAGACACACAAACAUCCGCCACACUUGUCUGCCCCACAGUUCCCCCAGAAGCCACCCAACCUUCCGCCUCUCCCUGCCCUGAAGCCCCUAAGUUCUCUUUCUACGCACCACCCGCCGUCUGCUCACCCGCCUCCAUUACAACCCAUGCCUCAGCCUCCGGCCGCUCAGCCUCCGGUGCUCACACAGUCUCAGAACCAUGUGCCUCCUCCAGCUCCACCACUUCCCUCACCCUCCACCACUUCCUCACAACACUCUGCAUCUUCGCAGCCACCUUUCCCUCCUCAUCCCUUCAUUCCAGGAGCCUCACCUUCUCUUCCACCCUCCUCUGUUCCUUCUUCUGUGGCAGGACCCCUGGCUGCACUGCAGCAGCCCCCCUCAUCCAUCUCCAUGCCCCUACCCGCUUCCAUCAGUGCGCCCUGCACAGUUCCCGCCACCCUGCCUACUGUGCAGAUUAAAGAGGAACCUUUGGACGAGGCAGAGGAACCCGAGAGCCCGCCACCUCCACAGAGGAGUCCUUCUCCAGAGCCCACCGUCGUCAAUACACCCAGUCAUGCCAGCCAGUCUGCACGGUUUUAUAAGUACCUCGACCGAGGCUACAACACGUGUGCAAGAACUGAUUUCUACUUUACUCCACUGCCAUCGUCCAAGCUGGCGAAGAAACGUGAGGAAGCACUGGAGAAAGCGAAGAGGGAAGCAGAGCAAAGAGCACGAGAGGAGAAAGAGAAAGAGCGGGAAAGGGAAAAAGAGAGGGAAAGAGAACGAGAACGAGAGAAAGAGGCAGAACGAGCUGCGAAGGCAUCCAGUUCUCACGAAGGCAGACUAGAGCCUCCAAUGGCUGGGCCAGCUCACAUGCGACCACCCUUCGAUGCCACUCCAGCUACUAUUGCUACUGUGCCACCCUAUAUCGGCCCUGACACGCCAGCCCUGCGCACACUAAGCGAGUACGCUCGACCCCAUGUCAUGUCACCCACUAACCGCAACCAUCCAUUCUUUAUGCCGCUAAACCCAGCCGAGCCUUUGCUGGCAUACCACAUGCCGGGACUGUACAAUGCCGACCCUGCGAUGCGUGAGCGGGAGCUGAGAGAACGCGAAAUCCGUGAGCGUGAGAUUCGUGAAAGGGAACUAAGGAUGAAGCCAGGUUUUGAGGUCAAACCGGCAGACCUUGACAACCUGCACCCCUCAGCCAACCCUAUGGAGCACUUUGCCCGUCAUGGCCCCAUUGGAUUACCCCACAUGGCAGGCCACCCGUUCGCCUCUUUUCACCCAGGACUCAAUCCUCUGGAGCGUGAGCGCUUGGCCCUGGCCAAUCCUCAACUGCGGCCCGAGAUGUCCUACCCAGAGCGUCUGGCUGCCGAACGCCUGCAUGCUGAGAGGAUAGCCAACGAUCCAAUCGCUCGCCUGCAAAUGUUCAACGUGACGCCACACCAUCACCAGCACUCGCACAUCCACUCUCACCUCCACCUGCACCAGCAGGACCCAUUGCACCAAGGUGGUGGUGAAUGUCUUGUGUGUCCGCCAGGCUCCGGAGCCCAUCCCCUUGUAGAUCCCCUGGCCGCUGGACCCCACCUGACCCGCUUCCCGUACCCGCCUGGAGCCAUCCCAAACCCGCUGCUUGGCCAGCCACCACACGAGCACGAGAUGCUGCGGCACCCUGUAUUCGGUACUUCAUACCCUAGAGAUUUGCCUCCACCUAUGUCAGCAGCUCACCAGCUACAGGCUAUGCACGCUCAGUCUGCAGAGCUGCAAAGACUGGCAAUGGAGCAGCAGUGGCUUCAUGGGCACCACCACAUGCAUGGAGGCCCUCUGCCUGGGCAGGAGGACUACUACAGCCGGUUAAAGAAGGAGAGCGAUAAGCAGCUGUGACCAUUUAGAGGGAUGUGACAUCACAGAGGUCAGCAGGACACAGGAGGUCGCACCAGAACAGUCAGAUAGGAAUUUGCGGGCCCUUGGGACAUUAAAAAAAAGAAAAAGUGACAAGGAUAACCUGAAAACAUUUUUUUGUUUUGUUGUCAGUUUUCUUUAUGGACAUUUUUUUUUAAAGACUUUUUUUUUUUGGUAUAUAGCGUUCAAGUAGUGACAACGUCCUCAAGACUGAUUGUGACUUUCCUGCAUGAACAUCCUCUGCGAAGCUUCCCUGACAUUUUUGUAGGUGCUAGAAUACCAGACACUUUGUCACUGUGCUUAUUCCAAAAAAAAAAAAAUUACAAAAAAAAGGAGAAGUCAGGCCAUUAUAUCUAAAAGUGCUAUCUUAAAUUCAAUGUUUAUUUUAAUACAUUGUAGGAGGUUUUUAAUUUUAAGAAAAGCUGCAACAUGGCAUUUUUUGAGUCUGUAAAUAGUAUAUAUAAAUAUAUAUACAUAUGAUUAUUAUAAUUAUUAUUAUUAUUAUUAUUAUUAGGUGUGGAUUAUGACUGAUUUUCUUAGACCUCCAGUAUAAUAGUUCUGAAGCAUCAUCCCUUGUUUCAGAGGGGAAUGAGAUGGCAUUAUUUGAGUAGGUAGCCAUGUCACAUGGUUGCGGUCCAUAAAACAGGGUCGCAGAGAAACGGCGGUACCAGAUUUUUAUCCACACACACCCGGAAUAAAGGCUCAAGUUGAGCUGCUUUUCAUCCUAUAGACUGUCAGCCACAGAUACACAUUCAAACCCAUCUAUGACGUUAUUACCAUCUUCAUUUUCUCCAAGUGUGAUGGCUCCGAGGCUGUGCACGAUGGAUUACAAAAAAUUGCACUGAAGAACGUCACAAAAUUAAAUGUUCAAUUCUGAUUGGUUUUAAAUGAACGAGUGCAUUUUAAAAAAUUGUUAGUAUUCUGCACCAAAGUAACGAAAUUGUUUUUAUAAAGCUAAAUUUUUAUGCAACAUUCUAAACGUACUUCUUGAUUCAAAGAUCCAGUAUGACGUAAAUAUUUUUCUUGGAUGCUUUUAGUGAUUUUAAACCAGUUGUUCAGUGCUUAUAGCAGUGCAGCCCCCCACCUCCUCUACUCAAGUGACUUCUGCCUCCAGGUGUGAGGCUCCUCACUCAGUCAAACCUCACUGUGAUACUCGAAAGACAUGGUUCUCCAUAUAAGAUGGAUUCAAGAGCUUUGAACAAGAAUAUGCGUAUUUUGUGUGUGCAUGUUUGUAGUAGUGGAGAAGAACAUGUUACCACUGCAGCUUCUCUCUGCAUUCCUGACACUGCACUUCGUAUGAGCUGUGAUGGCCAUCAUCCACUGUUACAUGCAGUAUUUCACUCUUUUCAUGUCUCACACAAUCAUGUUCAUUUUACAUUCAUUUAUGCUCUUAAUGCCAGAAGGUAUUUUUUUUUUAUUUUAGAAUUGGAAAAAUACUUGAUAAUCAGUGCUGUAGAAGAUAUCAGCCUGGGGUUAUUUUAUCGGUUAAGAGCUGGGGGAAAAAACAUCCAAAGCUUGCACAGAAUCUUGUUUGUGUCAGCCGAAGCCCAAACCCCAUCAUCAAGCAUUUUCUUUUUUCUUUUUUUCUGUCAUCUACCUGUCUCUGUCUCUUCGAUGUAUACAACAUUCUCAUUUUGUUUUCAGCAUUUCCUCUCUUUUUUGUCCAAUUUUCUGUGUCUUAAAACCUUCGAUGUUGAGUGUUGUCAAUGGUUGAGCUUCUUGUUUCAAAGCGGCAAUAGCAGAAUGUAAAUUCUGAGUGCUAAGAUUUAUAUAUACUGGUAUCUUGAAGCUUAUUGUAUAUAUUAGUAGUCGCCAUGGGAUGACACAAUGUAAACAAAAGUAGAAAUAAUUAAAAACAAAAAUUGUGAGUCCUGUGUUCUGCCCAUUUGAGUAUUUUGUAAUUUUUUUGAAAAUUUUGUGAAAUUAAAAUAAAACUAAGUUACACCACAUGGA